AUUGCCAAAAAGCCCAUCCAGUGUGAACGCCCACCCACGAAAGCUGUUUAGCUGUAUUUCCUGCUCUGCUUACAGGCAGUGCCAGCAACCUUGUGAGUCUUCACUUUCUGAACUUUAUGAGCCACCCUCAUCCGCUCAGAACAGAAUGUUUCACGAGGAAAUAGUUACACGCUCUUAUUAUUUAUUUAUUAGUGUCCCCCCAUCCCCCAGACAGGUUUCUCUGUAGUUUUGCAGCCUGUCUUGGAACUAGCUCUUGUAGACCAGGCUGGCCUCAAACUCACAGAGAUCCACCUGCCUGGGAUUAAAGGCGUGUGCCACCACCACACGGCUCUUAUUUUUAUUUCAUGUGCAUUCGUGUUUUGCCUACAUAUAGGUUAUGUAAAGGUGUCUGAUCCCCUGGAACUAGAGUUACAGUUAUGAGCUGCCAUGUGGUUGCGGGGAAUCAAACUUAGGUCCUUUGGAAGAGCAGCCAUUGCUCUUAACCACUGAGCCAUCUCUCCGGCUCCUCUACUGUCCUUACAUGCCCCUUUUUCAGAUGUGGAAACUGAGUCUAGAGAGACUGGAGACUGAAUAAACCAUGCACUCGCAGUCAGCAAGCAGCCAGUCAGGAUUAUUUCUGGUGCAUUCCUGUCCCUCCCCUCAGGUUGUGGAACUGGACUGCCGGCCGUGGGGGCGGGGUAUAUUGUCCAGGGGCGUGGUCGAGGACCUGUAGGCGGGGCAUGCCGUGCCGGGGGCGGGGCGGCGGGCGCACACGCCCGCAGGUUUGGCGAGCCGAGUCCUUCUCCCGAGCUGGGCAAAGACAGGACCAUGAACGUCCAGGAGCGGGAAGCGCGGAGUCGGCGCAGCUAAGCCCCGCUGAGACCUCCGGUCCGGCCAUGGGCGACCGUGAGCGCAACAAGAAACGGCUGCUGGAGCUGCUGCAAGCUGCGGGCACCGGCAACACGCACUGCGCCGACUGCGGGGCUGCGGAUCCUGAUUGGGCCUCUUACAAUCUGGGGAUUUUCAUCUGUCUUCACUGCUCUGGCGUCCACCGCAACUUCCCAGACGUCAGCAAAGUUAAAUCCGUGCGACUGGACUUCUGGGACGACAGUAUGGUGGAGUUCAUGACCCACAAUGGGAAUCUCAAUGUGAAAGCCAAAUUUGAAGCCAGAGUCCCAGCUUUCUACUAUGUCCCUCAGGCCAGCGACUGCUUGGUCUUAAAGGAGCAAUGGAUUCGAGCUAAGUACGAAAGACAGGAAUUUAUAGCUGACGAGAAAGCUGUCUCAGCCCCAGGUGACAGAGAAGGGUUCCUGUGGAAGCGGGGGCGCGACAAUGCCCAGUUCCUGAGAAGGAGGUUUGUCCUUCUGGCAAGAGAAGGCCUCCUGAAGUACUACACGAAAGAGGAGGGUAAAGUCCCCAAAGCAGUCAUCAACAUCAAGGACUUGAAUGCCACCUUCCAGACAGAGAAGAUAGGACAUCCCCACGGUCUGCAGAUCACCUACAGGAAAGAGGACCACACCCGGAAUCUCUUUGUGUAUCAUGACAGUGGGAAGGAGAUAGUGGAUUGGUUCAACGCUCUCCGUGCGGCCCGCCUGCAAUACCUAAAAUUGGCCUUUCCUGAUCUCCCGGAGUCUGAGCUCGUGCCUCUCAUCACCAGGAACUACCUCAAACAAGGCUUCAUGGAGAAGACCGGUCCAAAGCACAGAGAACCCUUCAAGAAAAGAUGGUUUGCUCUGGAUCCCUUGGAGAGGAGGCUGCUGUAUUAUAAGAACCCUCUGGAUGCUUUCGAGCAGGGCCAGGUUGUCCUGGGAAGCCAAGAGCAGGGGUAUGAAGUAUGCGAAGACCUGCCCAGGGGCAUCCGAGGGAAUCGCUGGAAGGUCGGACUCACUGUCCUCACUCCAGAGCGGAAGUUCAUCUUCACCUGCCCCAGUGAGAAGGAACAGCGAGAAUGGCUGGAGAGUCUGCAGGAUGUCCUGUCCAGCCCCCGGUCGCCCCUCCACCUCCUCACUGCAUCAGCAGAGAGUGGCUGUGGCCUCAGGUGACCCAUCUCGGAAGAGUCGGCUGGCCACCGAGCACCUGAAAUCCCCGAGAAGUGUUCACCUCUGCCCUGGUUGUCCAGAAGGAAGCCCCGAGACCAGCAUCCGCUGCUCCUGUCAGUGAACUCUGUCAAGAUCGAGGGUGUGGUUUAUCUUGUGGCUCCCAGGAUCUUUCCAGCAAACAUUUCCCAGUCUUGGGGAGCUGGUACUGAGAAGAAUGUAGCUCUCCAAGCUUAGAAGACCUGAAGGCUUUCUCAUAUUUGCACCGAGAGCAGGGUGCAGUGAUGCAUGCCUGUGGAGAGGCAGGAGUGCCAUGAGUUUGGUGCCAGCCUGGACCAUACAGGGAGUUCAAGUGCAGCCUGAGCUGCAUAGCAAGACCUUGUUUCGAAAAACAAAGACAAAAACAAGCGAACAACAACAAAAUCUACAGAGAGGGAGUAGAGACAUUGCAAUAUAAAAAACACCCUCAGCAUCAAGAUUGUGCAAGUAGAAAAAUGUAAAUGUUUAAUAUGAACCUAACUAUGAAGAAAUAAUAAGAUAUUUCAAUAUUACUUACAUGUUGAUAUACAACUAGCCUGGACUUUUCAAAUCUCAAUAUUAAAAGAUAAAAUUGGCCAUACAUGGCGACACAUGCCUUUAGGCCCAUGCACUCAGCAGGCACAGAGAGGUAAAGCUCUGUGAGCUCAAGAGCAGCCUGGUCUAUAUAUCAAGUUCCAGGACAGCCAGAGUUAUAUAGAGAGAACUUGUUUUACAAAACAGAGGGGAGGGGAAGAAAGACAGACAGACUAAAGAUGGGGCUAAUGGUACCUAUAGUUUUUGCAUUAGGGAAGUGGAGGCCUGAGGAUCAGAGGUUCUGCUAUUGUCCAUAGAGAGCUCAAAGCUAAUGAGACCCUGAUUCAAAGGAGAACAAACACAAACCACAAAUUAGGGCUGGAGCGGUGGCUCAGCAGUUAAGAGUACUGGCUGCUCUUCCAGAGGUCCUGAGUUCAGUUCCCAGCAACCACAUGGUAGCUCACAACCAUCUGUAAUGGGAUCUGGCACCCUCUUCUGGCCUGCAGGCAUACACACAGAGAGAGUAAAUAAAUAAAUAUUUAAAAAAAUAAACAAACAAAACCUCCCAAAAGCCAAUACCAAAACAUGGCAAUCAAAUACAGUUGGGAAAAUAAGAGAAGCCCAGGCUGGAGAGAUGCCUCAGUGAUUAAGAGCACUGAGUGCUCUUCCAGAGAACCUAGGUUCAAGUCCCAGCACCCACAUGGCAGCUCACACCUGUUUGUAACUCUAAGAUCUGACACCCUCGCACAGACAUACAUUCAGGCAAAGCAGCAGUGUACAUAAAAAUCAUAACAAUAAUUUAAAAAAGAGAGGCAUUGGAGUUGGAGAGAUGGCUCAGCAAUUAAGAGCACUGACUGCUCUUCCAGAGGACCCAGGCUCAAUUCCCAACACCUUCUUGGUAACUCACAACUGUAUGUAAUUCCAGUUCCAGGGGAUCUGACGCCCUUACACCAAUACACAUAAAAUAAAACAAAGUGAUUUUUUUAAAAAAAAAAAGCUACUGUAAAGGACAUAAUUGAUGUCGGAGCAAUUGGGAUCUGGAUGUCGACCAGCUAACAGUAUUGUAAAAUUGUGAUACUCACGUGUGUGUAUAAAGUGUUCCUGUUCUUAGGGGAUGCGCGCUGAAGUAAAAUGGAAAUGAUGUCUGCAGCCAACUUUUAAGUGGUUCAGCUAAAGAAGGAUCAGUAUAUGUCGACAUGCACACACAUAGCAUGCACAUGUGUACAUAUCUAUGUCUGUAUGCACAGAGCACAGCACUGGUGAAUCCAGGCGGAAUGUAGAUGAGCAUUUAUUUUCUUACUUGUGAUCAUUUUAUAUAGAUUUGAGUUUUCAUAUUAAAAAGUUGAUAAAUUG